UAUAAUGGGUAUGGAAAAACGCACCGUGAAAAUAAUUAUCGCCGUAGCUGUCACCGUGAUCGUCAUUGCUACAAUCCUUGGACUGCUGUUGGGUCUGCUGCUACCGCAACGCUAUGUUGAGCUGGAGGUGUGGCCUCGAUCUGAGGAGUUCAACUAUUAUCAACCGAUGAUCCAUUUCACGCCGAGUGACGCCGGCAGCUGGCAUCCUUGGUACCGUCGCAUUAGUGAAUUCCUUAAAGUCUACGAGACUUCUGUUCCCGAUAAUCCACCUCGAGCUCCAUGCACCAUUCACAACCAGCGCGACAUGAUCAUCCGUUCCGACUCCUGUAGUGUGGCCAUGAAAGUAUGGGCUCCGUGCACAGCUGAUCAUUUUUAUGGCUACCCCGAUGGCAGACCGUGCGUGUUCUUACGGUUAUCUCACGUUCAUUACUGGGUUCCGCAUCCUUACAACAUCACCUCGCCUCUGCCGAUCCCGCAGGAGAUGCCACAAAACCUACAGUUCAUGAUGCGUCAAUUCCCUGCUGAUAAAUAUGGCGACACGAUCUGGGUGAGCUGCGAAGGUGAGUUCACGGCUGACAAGGAGAACAUCGGGCCUGUCCACAUCGUGCCCAUGUUGCUGCCUCCAGGCUUCCCGACGCACCGCCUCCACACCGCCGAUAAGAUCCCUUAUGCCACCAGGAACCUACCUGAUCCAGUGCCCGGGCCACUUGUCGCCGUUUACUUCGAGAAUCCCAGACGUGGAGUGGUAGUGAACGUGGAAUGUCGUAUCUGGUCGCGUGAUAUUAUCUACAGCCCUUCUAGCCGCGUCGGAAGGGCCCGUUUUGAGUUGCUAGUACAGUGAACUUUUCUGCAUUUCGAAUUAUUAACCACGCAAAACUUUAUGUUGUUACACGAAUCAUGUUGAUAUAGUUAAAAGGAAUAUCAAUUUUGAAGUCAGA